AUGGCAUCACCACUCGUAGUUCCUAGAAAAGUGGAGGGAGAUGAAGAAGCAGCAGCGGAAGGUCACGUGACAGGAUGGUGGAGUCACGUGAGGUGGAUCGUGGGCCUUGUGCUUUUGCCGUGCCGGCCCAUCGUCUCCUUCGCUUCCGUCCCCCGGACCUCCGGUGGCGGCGGCGGCGGUGUCUCCGCCGUCACCGGCACGCUGUUAUUUCCGUCGUCGAAGCGUGACAAGGUUGGGCUAAUACUGCAAGAAGGUGGGCCAGCGGGGCCGACGUUGGCCGUGCUCGACCUGCCGGUGCCGGCCGGAGCGACCGACUUUUUCGGGCUGGGCCGGAUCAUAUUGGAGUGCGAUCGGGCCAGGGCCGGAGAAGGCCCGCUAUUGUCGGCGCCUUCGUGGGCCGUGCACUGCGAAGGCCGGCGGGUCGGGUUCGCGGGCCGGAGGGCGGCCCCCACCGAGGCCGAGGAGUGGGCCCUGCAGGCCACGCUGGCGGUGUCGGCCGGGGCCGGGAAGCUACCGGGGGCCCACGAGGGAGGUGGGCCGGGCGGCGGAUUUACGUACUUUCGCGGACGGUUCGACCGGGUGGUGGGCUCGGCGGAUUCGGAGACCUUCCACCUCGUGCAGCCCGCGGGCUGGCUCGGCCACGACUUCAGCCUCUUUUUCCUACGCGUCUAA